AGGACAAUUCCAGAAAUUUUGCAUGUUGUUAAAUUCAGUAUAUUUUCAGCUACAUGUUUUGUUUCAUUGUCCAAUCAAUUGCUUUAUUGAAUAUGUGAAAAAUGGCACAAAAGUUGGUACACCUGGACGUGUCCAACCUUACUUAGUAGAUAAAAGAAUAUAGUAAUAUAUAGCGUGGAACUACAGGACGGCAAAUCCACCAUGCACUAACAAUGGGUCUCAGAUGACUCUGCAUCUCUCUGUGUUUUAUGUCGCAAUAAAUUCAACCAAAUAAGGAGGAGACAUCACUGCAGGUGCUGUGGCCUGGUUCUUUGCUCAAAGUGCUGUUCAAACCGAGUUCCAGUUCCGCAGUACAUGAUUGAUACACCUGAACGAGUUUGCAAUGCUUGCCUUCCUGUUGUGUCAAGCGUGACAAUGUCACACUCCAAUGAUCAUGAAUUCCAUGAGCGAGCUGUCUCUUCUCUUGAACUGAUCUGUCGCGAUAACCCUGCGUCUGUCAUGUCACUAGGAGGCGCCCAAACACUUGUAUAUUUGGCGAAAUUAUUGAAUGCCUCCAACAUGAAGAUACUGAACAGCAUCACGGCUUGCCUCCAUACUCUUUCCCUGCACUCUGGCGCCAUAUCAUGGUUAUCUGAGAUUGGGGUGAUAGAUGCGGUCAACCAUAUCCUGCAAAUUUCAAGCUCUGCGUCUGAUCAACCAACCAUGGCAACUGAAGCUUUAAAUACUCUGAGAAUUUUUGUUAAAACCAGCGAUGAUUUGAAGAGAAAAGCUGUCAUCAGUGGAUGCGUUCCUCCCCUACUCGACCUGAGUGAGAGUGACAACCCGUUUGUUUCUCUUAUCGCCAUGACAACGCUUUGUCUCAUCGCGGAGUGUCGAGACAACCACUCAGCGAUCCUCUCACAGAAGAACUCACUCAGAAAGUUGCUGACGAAAAUCUCAAAUUCAAAAGAUGAGAAGGAAGUGGAAAUAAUCCUUCGUAUCAUGAUGUUGAUGUCGGCAGGGAAUGCAGAGACAAAACACAUGAUAGUUUGCGAAGAUUCAUCAGUUGGUUCUGUGAUGUCACAAGUAAUCAAGUCACGGUCUAGUAACCCUCAGAUUCUAUCAAACGCAGCAUGUGCAAUCGCCAACCUCGCUACAAGCAUUGAUGAUCAGGUUGGUCUACAAAGCAGCCUCCAAGCAAUCGUAUCGGUGUUGGAUCGUCCGCAACCUGGCUACGUUAUUGUGCACUUCGUUCGAGCUUUUGGGAAUUUCGCAAAACAUGAAAUCCAUACGAAUACUUUGCUUGCCAACUUGGGAAACAUUAUGAAGUUUCUUGAUGGCACACAUGGCCCGAAGAUAAACGGGCAUGCAGUGAAAUGUAUUUUCAAUUUGUUAAAGCACAGGAGAGCCGAGACAGUCAAGCAGAUUUCUAGGUUCGGAACAGACAAUCUUAUCUUAAGAAUAACGGAGAUGGAAUCUGUCAUGCUUGAAUUGUUACGAUCACUGGACCGUGAAGCGUUGUCGUUGGAGACAAGUUAACUCAAAAUGAAUAUAAGCCUAAUUAGUUCCGAAGUAUAAAUUCAGUAUAUUGGUCUUUUCAUCUGUGUAUUUUUUAAUUCAACUGUACUUAAAUUGAAACAAUGAUCAACAAAUAUCAUUCAGAGAGUCCCCCUCCCCC